UCAGAGUGUUCCUAGUCCGAUGUAGACAGAUCACUUACUUGUGACUUACGACAGCAUAGACGCUACGAAAGCCGCCAUAGUCAAAGAAACAUGAGCACGAGCAGUACAAGGUAUUGUUCUAAAAAUUGUAUUACUCUUGCUACAAAUGUGGAUUCACCAAGAUACCCAAGUCCCAGAACAAAUACUUCCUUCAGGUUUCUUGAUAAGUGUAUCCAUGGCGUCCUUAUGCUUCAUUACAUGCUGCUUUGUUCCCAUUUUGAUAAUUUCUUCACAAGCUCUUGCACUAGCUGGUUUUGCAACUCCAUUUGCAGCUGGUAAAAACAAAGUGGCAUCAGUGACAAAGGAAGCAGAGGCUCUUCUAAGAUGGAAAGCCAGUAUUGACAAUGAAAGCCAAGCUCUCCUGUUCUCCUGGAUUGCUGGAGCAAGCCCUUGCAAUUGGUCUGGAAUCCACUGCAACAAGGCUGGAAGUGUCACUAACGUAAGUCUUAUUAAUUCUGGUCUGAAAGCAAGACUUGAGAGUCUCAUCAUCACCUUCUUGUCCUUAACCAAUCUCAUCGAUCUCAACCUUAGCAACAAUUCCUUACAUGGGAUUAUCCCUUCACAAAUUGGGUAUCUUUCUAAGCUCAAGUUCCUUGACUUGUCUUUUAACAGUAUCACUGGCUCUAUACCUCAAGAAAUUGGAAUGUUGAGAUCUCUUACAAGCCUGGAAUUGUCUGAAAAUUUUCUGACUGGUCCAAUCCCAAGUUCUAUAGGAAACUUGACAAAGUUGGUAAUCCUUCGUCUUGGUAGGAAUCAGCUUUCAGGUUCUAUACCUCAAGAAAUUGGAAUGUUGAGAUCUCUUACAAGCCUGGAAUUGUCUGAAAAUUUUCUGACUGGUCCAAUCCCAAGUUCUAUAGGAAACUUGACAAAGUUGGUAAUCCUUCGUCUUGGUAGGAAUCAGCUUUCAGGUUCUAUACCUCAAGAAGUUGGAAAGCUGACAUCUCUUUCUCACCUUGGAUUAUCAGACAACAACCUUUCUGGUAUUAUCCCAACUUCUGUCGGAAACUUGACAAGCCUGUUUUCUCUUUACCUUGAUGUCAACAAACUUUCUGGAACUCUGCCCUCGGGGAUGAACAAUAUGACUUCUUUGCGAGCUUUUGUAGUAUUUUCCAAUAGAUUAAGUGGCCAUUUUCCGCAAGACAUCUGUGCUGGUGGAUUUCUUUUUUAUUUCGGAGCUUUUGACAAUGAUUUUACAGGUCCUAUCCCCAAAAGCUUGAGAAACUGUAGUAGCUUAGUGAGAGUUAGGCUUGAGAGGAACCAGCUUACAGGAAAUAUAUCCCAAGUUUUUGGCGUAAACCCAAAUUUGUACUACAUAGAUUUGAGUGAAAACAAAUUCUAUGGCGAGCUCUCAUGGAAUUGGAGCCUUUUCCAGAAUUUGACAACCCUGAAAAUCUCAAAGAAUAAUCUCUCUGGUGAAAUACCAUCUGAGCUUGGAAAUGCAACUCAAUUGCGUUCAGUUGAUCUAUCUUCCAAUCACCUAGUUGGAAAAAUUCCUGAAGAGUUGUUAAAGUUGAUGCUUAUCAAUCUUGCUCUUGACAAUAACUUUAUCUCCGGCAGCAUUCCUCCAGAAAUAGGAAGGUUAUCUGAUCUUCAAGGUCUUAACUUGGCAGUAAACAAUUUAAGUGGAGCAAUUCCUGAACGGCUUGGAGAAUGCUCAAAUCUGUUGUUCUUGAAUCUUAGCAUGAACAAAUUUACUGAGAGUAUUCCUCUGGAGAUUGGCAAUCUAAACUCUCUUGAAAGCCUUGAUUUCAGUGAAAAUCUGCUGAUAGAGAAGAUACCACAAGAGUUGGGGAGGCUGCAAAGACUGGAGAUGUUGAAUCUCUCGCACAAUAAGCUGUCAGGUUCCAUUCCUACUACUUUUGAUAAUUUGUUAAGCUUGACAAUGGUGGAUGUAUCUUACAAUGAGUUAGAGGGUCCUGUCCCUGAUGUUAAAGCCUUUCGCAACGCCCCAUUCGCUGCGUUGCGAAACAACUCGAAUUUAUGUGGCAAUUCCACUGGUCUGAAGGCUUGUGCUGUCCAUGUCCUUAACCGCAAAAAGACUCGGAAACAAGGCAAAAAAGUUGUGUACUUGAUUGUCUUUCCUCUUGUGGGCAUUUUGUUUCUGGCUGCUGUAAUGCUUGGAAGUUUCUUUAUCUGCAGAGCUAGAAAUAAGAAGGCCGACUCGGCCGGAACAAGGCAAGAAAAUGUCUGUUCAAUAUGGAGCCAAGAUCACGGAAUGCAAUAUGAAAACAUAAUUGAGGCUUUGGAGGAUUUCAACUCAAAAUAUUGCAUUGGGGUAGGAGGACAAGGAGUUGUUUACAAAGCUGUGCUGCCAACAAGUCAGAUAGUUGCUGUGAAGAAAUUCCAUCAAUCACAAGAUUGUGCAGAGAUAGAUAAUUUAAAAGCAUUUAGAAACGAGAUUGAUGUGCUGACGAAUAUUCGCCAUCGAAACAUAGUGAAGUUAUAUGGUUUUUGUUCGCAUCCUAAACAUUCAUUUCUGGUUUAUGAAUUCAUGGAAAGAGGAAGUCUCAGAAUGAUUUUAAACAAUGAAGAAGAAGCAAGAGAAUUGGAUUGGGUCAAGAGAGUGAAUGUUAUUAAAGGAAUGGUUAAUGCAUUGUCCUAUUUGCAUGAUCAUUGCUUUCCUCCAAUUAUUCAUGGAGAUAUUUCAAUCAACAACGUUCUUUUGGAUUCAGAUUCUGAAGCUCAUAUCUCUGAUUUUGGGACAGCUAGGCUCUUAAUGCCUGGCUCUUCCAACUGUUUAUCACAUGCUGGAACAUUUGGCUACACUGCUCCAGAGUUAGCUUACACAAUGAAAGUGAACGAAAAGUGCGAUAUCUAUAGCUUUGGAAUGGUAACGUUAGAAAUUAUAAUGGGAAAACAUCCGAGAGAUCUCCUUCUAUUUCUUUCAACAUCACCAUCGCCAUCAUCUUCAUCUUCAUCUUCAUCAUCCUUACCGGUGGAUCAAUAUACGCUUGUGAAGGAUGUAAUCGACCAACGCCUUCCACCUCCAGAAGCCAAAGUUGCUAAGGAAGUAAUAUAUAUUUCAAAACUUGCAUGUGCAUGCUUGAAUAUCAAUCCCCAAUGUCGGCCAACCAUACGACAAGUUUGUUUGGAGUUGGAAACUAAAUGGCUUCCAUUAACAAAGACAUUCUAUGCAAUGCAGUUGGGAGAUAUAUUGGUUUAGGGGAAGUGUCAAUGGCCAAUAUAUCCUUUAGAAGAAUUUAUCUAAGCUAAUUUGCUAUGGUUAUAUCUCCAAGUUCUCAUUCUUUGAUUUGUCUUAAGGACUCAAUCUAUAGACAAAACAGAAAAGUUCACUUAUUUUGAGAAAACCCCAUUAUUCUCCUCAAAUCAAGAAACAGAGGAGACUUUUUUUUUUGUCAGAGUUAGGAAACUUC